AUGCCAGAGGAGGGUAUGGAGACCAACAAGAGGGGAGAGGAGAGACCCAAGUGGAACAACAAGGCAGAGUACCUGCUGACCUGCAUUGGCUUCGCUGUUGGAGUGGGGAACGUGUGGCGCUUCCCCUACCUCUGCCAGAUUUACGGAGGGGGUGCGUUUCUGAUCCCCUACCUGAUAGCCCUGGUGUUUCAGGGUCUGCCUCUGCUCUACUUGGAGCUGGCUAUAGGACAGAGGCUCCGUAUGGGCAGCAUCGGAGUCUGGAACUCCAUAUCACCCUACCUGGGAGGAGUAGGUGUAGCCUCAAUGGUAGUGUCCUUCUGUGUGAGUCUGUUCUACAACACUAUCGUGGCCUGGGUCCUCUGGUACCUCUUCAACUCCUUCCAGGACCCCCUGCCCUGGAGCCAAUGUCCCCUCAACCACAACAACACAGGGUACGUGAAGGAGUGUGUAGAAAGCACGCCGGUCAACUACUUCUGGUACCGUCAGACCCUGAACAUCACUCCUAACAUGGAGACCAGUGGCUCUCUACAAUGGUGGCUGGUAGUCAGCUUAGCUACCGCCUGGUCUAUCAUUUACAUCUGUUUCAUCAGGGGCAUCGAGACCAUCGGCAAGGCUGUGUACGUCACAGCAACGUUCCCCUACCUGGUACUAACCAUCUUUCUGGUGAGAGCCCUGACCCUUCCUGGAGCAUCUGAAGGUCUAAUCUACCUGUUCACACCUGACUGGGAGAUCCUGAAGAACCCCCAGGUAUGGCUGGAUGCUGCUACUCAGAUCUUCUUCUCUCUGUCAGUGGCCUUUGGUGGACUCAUCUCAUUCUCCAGUUACAACAGCCAGAAGAAUAACUGUGAAAGGGAUGCUGUUUUAGUGGGGGUUAUAAACAGUGCUACAUCUAUCUAUGCCUCCAUCCCCAUCUUUGCCAUCCUGGGAUUCAAGGCCCACACCAACUAUGUCACCUGUCUGAAUGGUAACAUCUUAGCUCUGACCAAUGAGUUUGAUAUUAGCGACAUGAACAUAACGGUUGAAAACUACGAGCAGUGGUUUGACUCUUUAAAUGGGACACAUCCAUCUAGAGUAUCCGAUCUCAACCUGAAGACAUGCGACCUGCAAACCUUCUUGGAUCAGAGUGCAUCUGGUACUGGGUUAGCGUUCAUCGUGUUCACAGAAGCGGUGAUAUCGAUGCCUGGCUCUCAGGUGUGGGCUGUGCUCUUCUUCAUCAUGCUGUUCAGUCUGGGUCUGUCCUCCAUGUUUGGUAAUCUGGAGGGCAUCCUCACUCCCCUUCAUGACCUCAAACUGGUGCCCAAGUGGAUGCCCAAUGAGCUCUUCACAGCAAUAAUCUGUCUGGUAUUGUUCCUGGUGGCUCUGAUAUUCACUAUGGGAUCAGGGAACUACUGGUUGGAGGUCUUUAACAGUUACGUGGGCUCCGUUCCUUUUCUCAUCAUCGCCUUCUUUGAGAUCAUCGCUGUGGCAUACAUCUACGGAAUAGGACGGUUCAGUGAUGACUUGGAGUUCAUGAUAGGACAUAGACCCAACAUCUUCUGGAAGGUUUGCUGGUUGGUCAUCAGCCCUCUGAUGCUGUUCGUGGUGUUGGUGGCGUACGUUGCCAUCCAGGCCCAGACACAUCCCACCUACGCAGCAUGGAAUCCUGACUAUGUGAACUUCCCCGACACAGAAGUUCUGCCGUAUCCAGACUGGGUGUUUGCCAUCUGUGUCCUGCUGUCUUCAGUACCAGUUAUCUCCAUCCCCCUGGUGGCCAUCUACAGACUCAUCUGCUGCAUGUCAGGAAGACACUCUAAAGGCAGUCUCCACAACGAUCCGAAUCCUUAUGUCAACGAAGGCUACGUUGUAGAGAGUUAG